CAUACGGGCACUGCUAAUGUCCUCGAAUUCCUGUGUCCCUCCAUGUUUUUAUUCGGAGGUUUAUAGUCAGCGUAGUAUAUAAGUUUGUUUUUUGACCUGGAUUUAUUUAUAAUCCUCAAAGACAUCAGAUGUGGACAUAAGGACACUAUUCACAAUGAAUUUGAAGACGAAAUGGCGGUAACUUAGGUUAAAACUAGGUGGGUGUGCUCUUUGUUUUGGUUUUCUGACCCCGACGGGUUUGGGAAUGAACGAAGGAAAAUGACUGUCAUCGAAGACGAAGAUCUAUAACAGCGGAGAUCCGUCGGAAAAAAGAAGGCCUCGAAAAAGCGAGGACCUCUUGUGAUGGAGCUGUUCAUUGAAACACUAACAGGCACAGCCUUUGAACUUCGCGUUUCACCUUUCGAGACAAUUAUGUCUGUAAAAGCGAAGAUACAAAGGUUGGAAGGCAUCCCGAUCUCCCAUCAGCAUCUCAUCUGGCAGUCAGUGGAGCUGGAGGAUGAGUAUUGUCUGCAUGAUUACAGUAUCCACAAUGGGGCCACCCUCAAACUGGUCCUGGCCAUGCGGGGAGGACCCAUCAACACUCGCCGAGUCCCGGUGGAGGAUACUGCCCUCAGGGAAAUGGCGGAGUACAUGGAAGCCAAUCGUGAAGAGAUCCUGGACAAGUUGCCUGGUAACCGCCAUGUGACCCUCCUAGUUUUUCGGGAGGGAGAUCAGUUGAACUUCUUCCGUGUUGUAGACCGUGGUGAUGGGACACUCACACCGCUGUCUGAGUCACUCAGUGCGUCAGUAUACAACUUCAAUGAGGAAGAAGAGGAAGAUGACUCGUCGCCAAAGGAGAAGUCUGAGGAGAAUGACAAGAUGAAGCAGAAGGUGACACAGCUGCGCCUCAACAUGGAGAAGCUGACUCUCACCAAAAAGAAACCACCAAAGCCACCUUCUUCAAGUCACUCCAGUCAUUCAGGAAGAGCCAGCAGCCGUCUCCGGCUUCGCCAGUUGCCGAGUGCCGGUCGACCCUGCAGCAACACACUCAACAAGAACUCAGUCCUCCCCUCAGUCGGCUGCACAUUCCCUUCCGCCCAGGGCAUCUAUGAUGCAGACACUGCCGUUGUAGGUGUAGAUGGGGGAGCUGGUGCUCUCCUCGCCUCACCAUCUGUACCGUCGGUCGUUACAGUGGCAGACAAAGCUGUGGAAACCUUGUCAACUACAACAGAUUCCAUGGACAAACUUGGUCAGCCUCUUCAUAUCUUGAAAGAGGACAGUGCUAGAGUGUCAUCACCUGCAACUGUAUUGGAAGGAGUUGAGAAAACAUCAGUGGAUGUGAAAACAGAUGAGGCAGUGAAAGUGGAUGAUAGUGAAAAGUCUGCAAACUCUCUUGUAAACUCUGUACUGAAACGGGACCUGUACCGGUUGAGUAGCAUGACAGACUCCACGCGUUACCUUCCCUCCACUUCUGCUUCACGAAGAAAGGACUUCACUUUUGAAAGUUUCAAGGAGUCAUUUCGACCUGCUACAUCCUCUAAGGAGAAGGUCAAAGUGGCGGCUGAUCAUUCCUCUGAUAAUUUCAAACGUUCUUCAUCAAGCAAGAGAGACAUAAGUUUAGGCCUGCGAGAUUCAGUACUGCGACCCACCACCUCAAGUCGUUAUGGGGGCCUGGAUAUGAGAAGGAAAGAGUAUGCCCUGGAAAGUUUAUCAACAAGUGAGGCCAGGACAGUGUCUGGCAUACUCAGACAAGCCUCCAUAGAAAAAAUAGGAUCUUCUCAUAUUGGCAACUUUGUGUCUAGUGCUAGCAAGUCACGUCUGAGUAACUAUUCAGGCUUUCAGGAAGGAAGGGUACCAACACCUGAGGGAAGGUUAAUGUCUGGGCAUCUCCACCGCUUGUCUGCAAGCCGAGAUGGUCGCCUUCUGUCUCCCACACACAGACUUCCACCAGUUAAGGCCAAGAAGAAAGCAUCCAAACGGUGUUACGUGUGCGCCAAGAAGACCGGGCUGGCAACAAGUUACCAGUGCAGGUGUGGCAACAACUUCUGUGCUACCCAUCGCUAUGCAGAGUCCCAUGACUGUACGUUUGACUACAAAACCGAGGGUCGCAAGCUUUUAGAACAAAAUAAUCCUGUUGUUAGUGCACCCAAAUUACCCAAAAUCUAAUACACAACCAUGUGUAGUAGUGAUUAUAGUAUUUUAUGAAGUACCUCAGACAAUAUUUACUAAACGAAUUACACAUUUGCAGUUAAGUUUGACUAUAUCCUUAAAUUUACAACUCCAAUAAUGUUACAGUAUAUACAUUGCUAGUAUUAUUUGACUUGGUUUGGUUGGAUAUUAUGGUUUUGGGAAUUUGAAUGCUCCAAGAACAUAUUUCACAGAUACAAUGUAUCUUUGGAUGGAUAAUGUGUUCUUACUUUCACAUAUUUGAAAAUGAGACCUCUAAAUGCCUACAGCAUUGAAUCGAGGACACUGUGCUUUUGAUAUGUCAGUGCUAAACAUGAAGUAUCACCAGCUUUGUUAAGUGCUGUUGUUAAAGCUAUCAAGUGGAAGUAUCAAAAUUAGAAAUGUUUUUAUUGUAUAGUGUAGAACAGGGCAUUUAUUCAUGUUACAUGUUCAUAUGUUAGAAGUGUCAUUUUCAAAUGUGUGAUACGACCUGGUGAUGUAGAGAUACUGACGGCCAUUCAUUGGCCUGGGAAUCGGUACAGAGAAUGUCUUUCAGUGGUCAUUGUGAUAUCAUCUAUAUUAUGUUUUAUAAACUGUCAUAUUACCAUGGUUACGUGUAUAUGUUGGCACUAAGGGCAGGAAUGGUAUGUAUAGAAAAUUUGAAUAUUACAUUUCCAAACAAUCAUGCUGGGUUCCGUACUUGUACUGAUUACAAAAUGGUUGUGAAUUACUGCAUUUUAUUGGUAUGAUUAGACAUGUUAGAAAAGGCUGCUCUCACAGUGCCGCCAUUGAAGAGCGCUCCUCUAAAGUUGUCUCUUUCAUUCAUCAUGGUACAUUCAAACUGUGUACCCAAAUCUAACUUUUGAUGGAGUGAUAAUGUUUAUUUUAAUCACAGGCAAUUGUUGGUAUUCAACGUUUUGAAAUGUAUCUUCUCAGAGAUUUAUUUUUCAUUCCUUUUAGCUAGUAAUUAGCUAUAUUCGUCUUUGUCCACUUUUUGACAUGAUUGUUUAUGAUGCUGAUUGCAUGAGCCCAGAACAAAGGUGACAUUGAUUACACUAACACUAGGCUAGCAGGGUGUUAUGUUGGGUGCAUUUUUCAUGGUCACAUUGUAAUAGAGUCAAAACAGUGUUCACUUAUUUUAAUUUCUAUGUUUUAUUGCAAACUGAUAUCGAUUUUUCAUGACAUUUAUGUAUGGCCACUGACUUUUAUAAAGUUGUUAAGGUGAACAGGAACUAUUGGUUUAUUGGGUGAAAUAUUUGAAACCAAAUAGCUGAAAUUCAUUGUGAAGUGUGAUUUUAUCAAGUAUUAUUAUUUGUUAAGCAUGUUAAGGGAUGGAAUAUAUCAACCAGAAAACACUGCUUUUGGUUAAGCAAGCUUGUAUUUUAUCAUGUGUAAGCCACACUACAUUUAAGACAUUUAUCAAUUUUUACCUUCUUUAUUAACUGAAAGUUUUAAAAGAUUGAGGCACAGCUUUGAAUUCACUUUCGAUUCCAUGUUCCUAAUGAUUUAUAUUAAUUAUAUACUGUACUGUAUGUGGAGUUAAGAACUUGAACACUACCAUUCUCAAGAAUUGCCGAGAUAAUGCUCCUGGCUCUGCGUGGUCAUGGAAUGUUUGUUUUGAAUGGUAACAAACUUCUCUUUAAAAUAAGAGUCCCCUUAAUCAUGAUAUUGAUGAGUAAACUUGGCACCACAUCCCUGAUUGUGGGGAUGUUUGUUUUAACCAGUAGUACGCUGCUGUUCAAAGUUAACAUCCCUCGGCUACGCCAAGGCUAUUAAGAUUUCGUGCCAUGAUAGUGUUGACAUAUGUUUUGAUGAGUAGUGUAACUUGAGUGUCUCUGCUGUGUGUGUGAUGCUAGGAUUCCGGCUGUAUGUUCGAGUGGACACCUGAGUGGUGUGUCGCCUGUAUCAGAUCAGAUCACAGUAACUCAUAUUAGCUAUUUCUUUUCUUGUUCAUUUCGACUUAUAAGUGUACAUGUAAUAUGCCGAAAGUGAUUUAUUUUCUUGUUGAUGUGCAGGUUUGUAUGCAUAUCUUUGCUAUUCUUAUACAUGCAUAUUCAGUACAUUCUGAUGAAAUAAUCAAGGGAUAAAUUAGAGGCAGUGAGAAAAUAAGCCUUGGUUGAAUAAUAGUAUUCUUAACUCUUUGACAUUUUUUGAAAGUCAUCUUAUUGAAAAUGAGAAUACAGAGUAUCACUCUAAUUAUGUUUUAAAACAGACAGUUUAAUUGUCCUUGUUAUUGCUGGUCGCUAUAUUUAUCAUCUCAAAUGAGUGUGUGAUGUUACCUCUGAUGAAAUGAGACAGGCCAUGUUAUCCUUGUUUAUUCAUUAUGCUUGUUAAGAAACUGGCUACCAAAGAUAUUGAUAUGUCUACAACUGCUAGGUAUACCAGGGUUUAGGUGUGGGAUCAGCAGCCUUUGGCUAGACUCAGUUCUCUCCCUUUGACUAGGUACAUCUAGUACUCUGUGAAUGGCAUCUUAUAAAGAACAUUCUUCCAGACUCUACUGUGAUUUGAUAUUGUGCACUAACAUGAGUGUGAAUAAACUGUACAGAGUAUAA